GGUCAAGGUCGUUUUUCUGGCUGAGGCUGGUCAAAGUCUGGUGUACGACGAUGGCCGAAGCGGAAAAAACUUCCUGGCCAAACAACCGAGAUGCUUACGAACUGAAAGACGUCAUAGGUGCGGGAGCUACAGCAGUUGUCCAGGCGGCUGUCUGUAAACCAAGAAAUGAAAAAGUGGCUAUUAAAAGAAUAAACCUGGAAAAAUGCAACACCACAGUAGAGGAGCUUUUGAAAGAGAUUCAGGCUAUGAGUCAGUGUAAACAUGAGAAUGUGGUGGGGUAUUAUACAUCAUUUGUGGUGAAGGAAGAACUCUGGGUGGUUAUGAAGCUAUGUGGUGGAGGUUCAAUGCUUGAUAUCAUCAAAAGCAGAAUGAAAGCUGGAAUUUGUAAGAAUGGGGUAAUGGAUGAGGCUUCUAUUGCUACUGUCCUGAAAGAGGUGUUAAAGGGCUUAGAAUACUUCCACAAUAAUGGACAGAUACAUCGAGACAUCAAGGCAGGGAACGUUUUGCUGGGAGACGAUGGGGCUGUAUAUAUAGCAGAUUUUGGUGUUAGUGCAUGGCUCGCCACAGGUAAAGACAUUACUAGGGACAGUGUCCGACACACCUUUGUUGGAACCCCAUGUUGGAUGGCACCAGAGGUCAUGGAACAGGUGACAGGCUAUGACUUCAAGGCUGACAUCUGGAGUUUUGGGAUUACAGCCAUUGAACUGGCGACCGGUACUGCCCCGUACCAUAAAUAUCCACCAAUGAAAGUCCUGAUGCUGACUUUACAGAACGAACCCCCAAAUCUGGACACCAGUGCAGAGGACAAAGAACAGUACAAGGGUUACUCAAAAAUAUUCCGUAAAAUGAUAGCUGAAUGUCUGCGAAAAGAACCGGAAAAAAGGCCAACAGCAAAACAGCUCCUGAAGCAUGAGUUCUUUAAGAAAGCAAAGGACAAACAGUACCUUGUUAAGUCUCUGUUGUCCGAUGGUGUGGCUGUCAAACCCCAGAAGGUUAAGCGUGUCCCUGGGUCCAGUGGGAAGCUUCACAAGAAUGAGGAGGGAGAAUGGGAGUGGUCAGAUGAUGAGAUGGUUCCAGAUCAGGGACAGGAUACACUAGUCGCCACCCCAACACAAGAGACUAGGGAACCUGUGGAGAAUGCAGACACUACAGAAAUUGAGCAGCCGGCUGGCAGUACCAGUAGUACUGCCACUGUAGUAGAGAGGACAGAUAGCACCAUCGCCACAGGAGCUGACAAUACACCCUCGGAAUCGACAGCUUUACUGGUCAACGAAUCAGCAGACUCCACCCCGUCAGCUUCAGCAACUCAGGUUUCGCAGGCUGAGGUUUCACAGGUGCCAUUAAACCUAGUCCUGAGACUCAGAAAUGAAAAGAGAGAAUUAAAUGAUAUCAAAUUUGAAUUCACCAUUGGGCAAGACACAGCUGACAGUGUCUCCAGAGAAAUGGUGGAGGCAGGGCUAGUUAAUGGAAAGGACAUGAUUGUUGUUGCUGCCAAUCUACAGAAACUUCAGGACUGUCCAGAGCUCAAGAAUGUUACAUUUGCUUUAAAUUCAGGCUGUAGUCCUAAUGAGGCUCCCUGUGACAAGACUUUGAUCGGAUUUGCACAAUUAUCAAUUAACGAUGGAUCUGUUGCACCCUUACAAUAAUCCUGGUCAACCAGAAGCUUCUGUGAUACUCUAUAAUCAUGCACAGUGCCAAGAGGGGAAAAGAUUUUGACUGAGGAAUAAAACUAAUGGAAUAAAUUUAAUGUGACAUCAGUUGCAUAGGGCAGUUAAUGAUAGCAUUUUAUGUCUGCGUUUCUUUGUAUUAUUUCAUUAUUCUAAGCUGUAUCACAAGGAGACAUGUUACAAGUUUAUAAAUCUCUUUAAGAGUCUCAACCAAAUUUUGCGAAGUACUUGAAACAAAGUAUAAAGGUUUUUUAACUACGCCAAAGGGAUAUUUUCCCAAUAUUAGAAGUUAAAUUUAAUUUCAACUUAGCGGUAUUUAUAACGAAGGAACUUUUUUGAUCAAAGCAAUAAGUUUUUUUUCUGAGCUUUAUAUUUUUGGUUUCCUUUUAUUAUGAUUUUUUUUUUUAAAUUUAUUCUUUUAUUUUUCUCUUUUGCAUUUUUCAUGUGUUUAGAAUUUGUUUUCUUAAAUAUCUUUUAAUAUUUUUUUUCUUUAUAAGGUAAAUAAUUACUGCUCAAAAUUCACAGUGACAUGUAUUUCUAACUUGAAUGACGAUCUCCAAUGUUUGAUAACACUAGCCAAGCAGUUAAAGACACAUUUACAACAAAGUGAAUAUAAGGCCCAGAUAUUGUAUGUGUUCAUUGAAAUACUGGUGCUUUUAACUUAUGAUUAUGACUUGGACAUUUUAUAAAUGGUUGUCAAGUGUUCAAUUCCCGAUUUUAGGCAAAAGAAUUAAAUGUUAAUUUUCCUUUUUAGAAAAAGAAAACCUUGAUUGAAAUGCUUGAAUUUUUUUAAGUUUCAUACAGAAAAAGUCUUCCUUGAUUUCAGCUGAUGCUUUUCUUUGCUGUUAAUAUUUGUGUAAGAAAAGAUACUAGAAUGUUUUAUUUGGCCGUAGUAUUGAGUCAGUCAUGUUUAUACCAUGGUGUUCAUUGUAAAUUGAGUAUUUUCUUGGUUAGGCAUUACAUGUAAUAAUAAUUCUUGAAUAAACAUCGCUGAAAAAUAGAAUGAACCUAGAAACUGAAAAAAAAAUAUUAAAGAAAUCACUAUAUUGAUAUAGAAAAAAAAUAUAUUGGCUUAGUAUGCUUUUGUUUAUGAAUUUGUGUAAAAUCUGUUAAGAAAUCAACUUAGCUUGUUAUUAUGCUAUUGUUAGUCACUGGUUUGUUGAAUAAGAGCAGACAGCUAAUAUCAUACAGUGUAUAUUCUUGUGUUUCGGUGAUUGAUAAUCUUGUUAAAUAUAUAAUACUCUAGAUUUUGUAUGAACGCUACAUGUGUUAAGCUUACAUAUUCCAUGCUAUGAACAAAGUUUUGUUCCAAAGAUCAGAAAUUGAUAUCUGUUAAUAGGAGCUUCUAUGAAAUAGUCUUUAAAGAUUGUUCAGGCAGUUAUAUCCAGCAAAAAAAUGCACUCAAAUAUUGCUCAAGAAAUUUCAAGGUAAUCUCUCUUUUCAUUCAAAAGGAGAUGUUUGUUUCACUUUACAAUGUAAGGUGGUGUACUUACUUGCCUAAGAAAUAAUAGUAAUGUGUUAUAUCUUACAGGUUUAAAAAUUGAGAUAAUGUAUUAAUUCAUAAUGCUUAAAAAAUUGCAGAAAAGAUGUUUUAAUAAUUGAAAUUUGCAAACUUCAUUUUAUUAACAUCUUUCAAUAAUGAAGAAUAAACUUCUUUUGUUUUAUUUUGA